CCAGACUUGAAAAGUUUCAUUGUCCAAUUUCCUGAAGUCAUGACAAAGAAAGGAAAAAGACAGAAAAGGGCAGCAAGCACUUUACAUCUCAAGUCUUCCACACGUUCACAGUCUGAAGACAUUCCCAAUGAAUCAACACAUGGUGACGAAGAGGUGGAAGGGCUGGAAACUGAGGCUACCAAGAGGAAAGGUAGAGGCCCUGCCAAAGGAGAAAAAGGCUACGGCAUGAAUGCAGAGAUUUAUGGAAAGAGGAUUAUAACUCCCCAAGCUUUGCGAAGUAUUUGGCCCCUCUUCAAGUCAGAGCUGCAAGGCCCAUUCAUAACAUGGGCACAAUAUCCGCAAGAUCAAUUGGAUACGUUGUUUGACCUAUGGAAGAAUAAAAAUUUCAAAUUUGAUUGCUCCGAGGAAGAACUGAAAGAGUAUUCACGGAACAUAUCAAGACUCAUUAUAGUGACUGGAUGAGUGAAAUUCGGAAUAGUGUUUUCCGCAAACACAAGACUGCUGCAGCUCGAUAUGACAACACUCCGUCGUAUUUGAAGCCAGAAAUAUGGACACCAAUGGUUGAUGAAUGGCUAAAAGAAACGUGGCAGGAGAAGAGUGAGCGGAAUGCAAUUAAUCGUGACAAAUCAACUAUGGUGCAUACAACGGGUUCAGUUCCAAUGGCGAAGUACAUAAAAGAGGAGAUUGAUAAGACUGGAGUUGAACCGAGUCCAAUAGAGAUGUUUAGAAGGUUUCAUAUUUCUAAGCCUAAAGAUGGAAAACCGGAACAUUGGCAGAGUGAGAAGGCAAAGGAUCUUUAUGAAUGUAUGGAAUUGCAAAAACGUAUAGAGGAGACUUUGGGUGGUGAUGGCGAAGACGAAUUGGAUGAUUGGGACAUAUACAAGGAGGUGGUUGGUGGGUCUAAACAUGGCAAAAUUCGUGGCUUAGGUGACGGAAUGGAACCACCUGAAGAUGUGUGCGGUUCGAGUAGCAGCCAAACUUGCAAUAAGCGCGUGUGUUUGGAACGUGACAAAGAGUUUGGACAAUUGGAACAACAAGUUCAUACUCUUACGGAUAUGGUGGCUGAUUUGAAACACGUCCUUCAAGCUUUCAUGGCAAAUAGUUCAAGUCAUUCUCAAUUUGCGAGAGAAUCACCGUUUUCACCUGCUUCUACUAAUGGAGAUUCUGAAACACAUGCAUCUUGAUCCCUACUACUAGCUACUACUUAUAAGGUCCUGGAAGAAACUUUUAUUUGUUUUUAGUUUGGUAUUGCUCUCGUACUAUUUCUAUUGUAAUGGAUGAUGCUAUUUUUCCUAUGUAUUAAGACUAUGCAGUUUGAAUUCAAUAAAUUACUCAAAUCUUCACUAUGUAUCUAUUUGGUGAGAAAAUUUUAUUUGUGAGAAAAUUCUAAUAUUUAAAAUUAAAUGUAAUCGCAUUUACUAUAUUUAUUCCGAUUGUCGGUGAGUUAUUUCCGACAACAUUUUAUGAAUAAAUCAUAUUUGUCGGUAAAAGUUAUCUGUAUGGACGGAAAUAUCCCACAAAGCAAAUAUGUCAUUGAAAAUACUCAAAUUAUGAUUCCCGCCAAAAUUCGUUAGUCGGAAAUAUUUAUUCCGACGAAGGUAUUGGUCGUAAAUAUGUCGUAGGAAAAAGUUUUCCGACAACUCUUGGGGUCGGAAAAAAUGCGUCGGAAAAUAUUAUUGCAACCAAACGAGUAGUCGAAACUAAGUCGUCGGAAAUAGUUAUUCCGAUGAAAAUAUGGUCGGAAAUAAGUCGUCGGAAAUGCAAUUAUUUCCGACGAAAAAUCUUAAUUCCGUCGACUUUUUUCGGACGAAACAAACAUUAAUUCCGAUCAAAACGAGACUCAAAUCCGACGGUGAUAUUCGUCGGA